UGCAUAUCGUGAAUGUCUGUCUGUCUGUCUGUCUGUUUGGGCUGCGGCAGCGUCCGCCCGUUUCCUCGUGCUAAGUAGUCUCAGACUGUUCAGCGAUGUCUUUCUGUUUGUCUCUUGCCAUGUCAAUCAGCCAGCUAUCAUAUCACCCAAUCAAUCGACACACACAGAGUACACACCACACCAGACCACACCCACCAUGCAGUCAGCCAGGUCUUCACAGUGUGUGCGUAGCAUAUACAUGGUGCGUGUGUGUCCAUCAAAAAAGACAUAGGGUGGGUGAGUAGGAUCCCACCCAGACCCACACCCACACACGGACACGCAAGUGCCAUGCAGAAUCCACUGACACGCACACACAAACACCCCUGUUGGUAUCAAUCAUCCCCCAACCAACCAGCAGCCUCAACCAAUCACUCAUCCCUUUAGGAAUACGACUACUCCCCCCCCUCUGGUGCCCCUGUGUGUAUUGUAUGUUUCCUCUUACUUCAAGCCCCUUCCUGCCCCCCACCGGCCUUGCUGCUCUGACCCUUGCUGGCCUUCUUGCCGCCGUGGUUGUCCUCGACCAAGCUCACGUCCUCAAUCUCCACCUUGCCACGCAAAGACCGCCGCAGAGGCUCACUGAACGAGUAGUCGCGCAGAGCUGCCUUGGCGGCCACCUUUUUGCUGUUGACCCUGUUGACCAGAGCGCUGUCACCCUCCUUGCUGCUCUCCCCCGCUGCCACCGCACCACCGUCACCAUCACCAUCACCAUCAUCGACCCCAUUCUCCUCGGCCUGGUCGGCCUUGAGGAGCUUGCUGGGCGGUUGUUCGGCAGACGGCUGGGGGGCUCUCGAGCGGUCUCUCUUGGGACGGCGGGGGGGAGCAUUGUGGUGGUGCUGCGGGGGCUCGGCUGAGAUGGACGCUUCGCUAUCACGACGGGCACCACGGGGGCGGAGGGACCUCUUGUGCUUGCUCUCGACCACCAUCUGAAGAACAGGGAGGCAAGACAGACAUCCGCCGGUGCAUAGACGCUACGUUGUUGCUGCUCUUGUGACGUGGGGUGGGUGUCGUCACCUUAUCGUUGAGCCCUUCAGGGGGGAUGACGGGAGAGCUGGCCGACGGGUCACUGCCCAUGGCCUGCAAACACACACACACACACACACACAUUUCAAAUGAAGAGGAGUGUAAGUCAGUGAGUGUGGUGUUCACCUCUCCGGCCCCCAGGCCAUUCAGAGCCUCCAUAUUGUUCUCGGCGUCCUUGUCGUUCCUCCGCAAAGGCCCCUGCCGCUCUCCUAGAGGCUCUUCAUCCCCUCCAUCCCCACCACCACCAUCAGCGUCUGGCUGCUCUGAGUUCGAUCCACCACCCGCACAGGCCGCCGCUGCUGCUGCUGCCGCUGCCGCUGCUGGUCCUGGGCCGCUGUCGCCAUUCUUGGUGUGCUGAGAGUCGUUCUCGCUCAUGUGUUGGUCAUGGUCAUCCUCAUGGUUGUCAUGGGGAAGUAGCGGAGAGAGCAAUGGGGGGAUGGGUGCGGGGGGUGCUGGGGCUGCUGCUGGGUGGUCGUCCGACGGCUUGUCAGAGGGGGAAUGGCCGUCAGCGGGCGCCUGGGGCUUGCCCUCGCGCUUGGCUCUCGCAGUGUCCCCGAGAUUCGCCCUGAUCUGCUCAGGCCUCGUCGCGAACAGAUGGCUGAUGACCAUCUGGUUCUGCAGUCUUCUUGGAAGACUCAGGAGGUUCAGGGAGCGGCCGGGGGCGUCGGCGCUGCGAUCUGGGCUAUCAUCAACAAACUGCACAGAUAGACAGACAGAUGGAUCAACACACACACAUACGGGAUUAUGUGGGGUGAGAGGUGGGUGCUUUGUGCUGUCUGUUCUGUGUGGUCUCUCGUUCGUUCCAUCAUGACGUUCAUUGAUUCGUUCAUUUACCUUGUCCAGCGAUUCGUCAACAACAGCAGCGGCAGCGGCCGCAGCGGCCGCACCACACGCACCACCCGUCUGGCGGCUGUUAUCUGCUCCACACGCCCCUGCGCCACCCUCACGACCAACCAACUCGCUACACUCAGCCUGACCGACGCACACCAGAACACACCCAAGCUAAUGCACAUCAAUCACAUACGGCCGCAUUAUGGCCGGCCUUGUUGUGGUUUCCCUCCGUCUGUCUGUCUGUCCCUACCAUGUUUUGAUCAUUGCUUGAGGGUAUCUCCUUCUCCUUAUCGCCGCCCACAUCUUCCUCUCCACCGCCGCCCACCUCCUGAGGGGGCACUACUGGUGCCCCAAGCACCACAAACUCGUUGUCACACGCAAAGCCCAUCGCCACGUCGUCAGAUGAACCGUCAGCACCACUCGCACCAGCAGCAGCUGCUGCUGCACCGCCGCUUUCACCAGGUUCCUCAUGUGCACCCACGACCUGACGAACGAACAAGGCAGAAGGCAGGGCGCCCCACACAUGCAUGGCGAUCGACCCCAGCUUGCUGCCUGCCUGUCUGCCUGUCUGUCUGUCUGUCUGUCCAUUUGCGCGGUAGUGCUCUGCCCACCUGGUCGCUUGGCGAAGUGGUAAGGGCUGCCGCCUUGUCCUCUUGCACGGCUUGGCGCUUGUUCUCCUCGUCGUCUUUCUGGUCCUUCUGCUUGGCCUCGUCCAUGUCGAGUGGCUGCAUGGUCUCACCGGCAUCAAGCGCUGGGAGCUGUGGCGUGAGUGGGCGAGUUGCGGACGGAGGGCGUGGGGGCAGCACGGGGGACUGGGACUCCUCGGCAACAACACACUGAAUGCGAUGCACCCCCACCAGCCAUCCAGCGACACACGGAGAACAAACAACGGGAUGAGUGAGUGGCCGUGUCUGUGUCGGUCUGUCAUCAAUCGUCCCAUCCCCUCUCACUCACCUGGUCAGCGGGAGAGCAGGGGCCUCCUCGCUGCCUGUGCGACGAUCCAUCCCCACGAAUGCGGCCGGGGCCCCGCUCCCCACCGCCCCCCUCGUCUGACCGCAGAAUCCCGUCCGCCUCAUUGAUGUCGUCACAAGCCGCUGCUGAUGCAGAUGCCGCUGCUCCUUGUGGUGGUGGUGGCGCAGCGUGGCUGGUGCGAGAAUCGGCGAGGUGUUGAGGCAGCUGCAGGGGCGGCCGGUCCCUGACAGUCUUGUUCCUGACCUCCACAGCUUUCUGCAGCGCCAGGCGGACGCCUUUGCGGGUGGGUUUGAUGGGUAUGGGCAGAGCAGGGAACGGGCCCGCGGCGAAAUGGCCGUCGCGGAGGGCGACCAUGACGUCGGGACCGUCGGUGCCGUUGGCGGCCGCCACCAGGGCGAGCUGCUCGCUGGCAUAAGCCGCCACCUCCUGGCUGCUCAGUACGGCAUCAUCACCUGCAGCACCUGAAGUGGACGAAGCCCCAUCUGCAGCAAUCGGUGAGGUGACACACAUUACAUGCAUUACCGAAGCACAUCCAUACCUCCCUCCCUCCCUCACUCCCUCCCUCCAUGACCUUGGUUAUCGUGUUCCCCUUCUCCAUCCUCAUCCUCGUCGUCUCCCCCAUCGUCAGGCUCGCCGUCGCUACCCUCAAUGACGACCUCGUAGUCACCCUGACCAUCUCCCACACCCUCGUCGGCCUUGUCGGCGCCAGCGGGGUGGUUCUGGUCCGACCAGAGCGACCGGAUGGGGGGAUUACCGAUCGUCUUGGCCAGCCGAUUGCGAGUCUCGACGGCCUUCUCGAGGGCCUUGUCGAUGCCCUCUCGGGUGCGUUUUUGGGGGUUGAUGGUGCGGGAGGAACGGUGUCCACUGCCUUGGCGGAAGCGGAUCACCCACGCGGAGUCGUACCAGAUGACGUUGAUCCUCUCGGAGCUGUUGAGUCGACGCAGCUCGGCCAGCCGCUGCCUGGCGUAGCGGUCGAGGGCGUCCCUGUCCACCUCAGCAGCAGCAACAGCAGCAGCAGCGGACGAGCCUGAACAGCAGCAAACAAAACGACACGUAUGUGACUGACUCGGCGGGAGUGUGGUGUGGGUGUGUGUCCUGUGGCACCCACCUGCAGAGGCCUCUGUCCUCCCUCUCGCCCGUUUCUGCGGCUUGCGGUGGUAUUGCUCUGCAAUGAUGCAUUGAACCACCAAAUGUGAUUGAUGUGCGCACAGCCAUCCCAUCCCAUCCCUCCACUGUUGUUUGUGUUUUGUGUCGUGCAGUGCAGUGCAGUGCAGUGCACCCAUGGAUCUCUCCCCCUUUGUGUCUCUGUGGCUCACUCACCGUCUGCAUGGUCGUGCUCGUCGUCUUCCUCUUCCUCCUCCUUGACGCGCGCCAUCUCGCCUGACCCCUCAGCGACGCCACCGGUGCCAGCCGGGCAGCCCGGCGGCAGCGACUGGAUGGCGGGACGGCCCAGAUCCCUGGCUACUUGGUUGCGGAUGGCCAUAGCCUCCUCGAGGGCCUUGUCGAUGGCCUCGCGUGUGCGGGGCAGUGGUGUGAUGGUGCGCCACACCCGGCCUCCCUUGUGGCGGAACUGGAUCGACCAGGCGAACUUGUGCCACCUGAGAUUGACGUUCUCGGUGUCGUUGAGGCGACGCAGAUCCGCCAGCCGAUGCUUGGCGUAGCGGUCGAGGGACUUGAUGUCCACCGACGCACCACCAUCAACCGCAUCUGAACGAACACCACACACCCGCCCAUCCAUCCAGCCCUCCCUCCCUCCAUGAAUGCACCUCCCCCCCUUUGCGUGUGGCUCACUCACUGUCUUGUUCCUCGUCCUCAUCUUCCUCCUCUUGCUCGUCCUCAGGCGCGACGCUGCUGCCCUCCAUCUCGCUACCCUCACCAUCGCCAUCCCCCCCUCCAUCGGGCCCUCUGUCGUCACUCCGGUGACGCCGAGGCGGCAGCGACUGGAUGGAUGGGUAGCCCAUGGUCUCGAGCAGUUUGUUGCGCUUCUCGACUGCCUCCUGCAGGGCCUCGUCGAUGCCCUCUCGGGUGCGGGCCUGGGGGCGGGAGGUGGCGUAGUGCGCCUUGCCGUCGUGGCGGACACAGACUUGCCAUCUGCCGUCGUGGUGCCAGCUGAUGUAGGUGCUCGUGUGGCGGUUGAGGUGACGCAACUCGGUCAUCCGGUCCUCGGCGUAGCCGUUGAGAAGGCCACCCCUCCUGGCCGCAGCAAGACGAGACGAACCUGGAGACCAUAGCAGGCACAGAAGCAGCACAGCACAAUACAACACAUACUCGGACAGACAUGCACUCACGUGGGUGUGUGUGUGUGUGUGUGUGUGUGUACCUGGAGAUCCUCCUCUCCGUUUCCGCCUCUUACGCGCCCUUUGGUCGUGCUCCUCUCCCUCUCCCUCCUCGUCGUCAUGCUCGGCCAUGUCCAUCUCAUCGCCAUCAUUGCCAUCUCCCACGCCCUCGCCCUCGCCCUCGUCGUCACCGCCGUGGCGGGGGGGAUAGCGGAGAGGGGGAAGGCCAACCGUCUUGGCCAGCCGAUUGCGCUUCUCGACUGUUUCCUUCAAGGCCUUGUCGAUGGCCUCCCGGGAGCGGCCUCGCACUCUGAUUCUGAAUGACCUCUGCUGGUUGUCGAGGCGGAUCUGAAUGACCCAGCCGUUGCGGUGCCACAUGAUGUGGGUGCCUCUGGAGCCAUUGAGGCGACGCAGCUGGCCCUGCCGCUCCACGCCGUAGGCCUCAAAUGCCUUCUUGUCUACCUCACUCGCACCAUGCGCCGUGCCGAUCUCUACUUCCUCCUCGUCCUCAGACGCGCCCCCCUGCAGCUGCUCGUCUCCUUCGCCCUCAUCGCCACCACGAUGCCGCGAAUGCAGCGACCUGAUGGGCGGAAGGCCAGCCGUCUCGGCCAGCCGGUUGCGAGUCUCGAUCGCCUCCUCGAGAGCCUUGUCGACGGCCUCUUGGGUGCGGCUUGACGGGCUGAUGGUGUCGUAACUGGCUGAUCGACCUGACCGGCCGCCGACUCGGAUCAUCCACGUGAACUGAUGCCACACGAUGUAGAUGCCCUUGGCGCCGUUGAGGCGGCGCAGCUGCGCCAGCCUCUGCUUGGCGUAGACGUCGAGGGCGUCCUUGGCGCCCACCGACUCACCACCAAACGAGCCUGCACAUCACAUCACAUCACGCCCACAAAAUCAGCACACACAGGUGUGGUGCGCAUGCGGGUGUAUGUGUGGGUUGCGUAACACGCACCUGACGAUGGCUCUCGACCCCUCUUGCGCGCCCUGUGGUCAACGUCCAUCUCGACCUCCCCAUCGCCGCCACCUUGCUCCUUCCUCGACAACCGACGCAGCGCCCGCAGCAAACGGCCCUCUCUCGGCACUCUCGGGCCAUGGCCACCAUCACCAGUACUUGACGCAGCAGCAGCAGCAGCAGCAGCAGCAGGUGCUGCGGCUGCGACAGCAGCUGCCGCUGCUGCUGGUGGUGACUCCCCGCGCCUCCCUCCGUGGGCAAAAAGAUCGACCGGCUCCCCAAGGACAGGGCGAACGCAUUGUGGUAGGCCCCACUCUGUGGCGAUGCGGUCUCGGUGUCUGACGGCCUGGGAGAGGGAUCGGUCGAUCUCCCGGGGCGUGAGGCUCUCGACGACGAAUUCGCGGUGGUGUGGUGGGGCGGUGAGGUCGGUUGGGUGCUGCAGGAACAGGAUGAAGGCGCCGCGGCAGUCCCAUGACAGGCCGAAGGACGACAGGGAUGACACCACGUCGCUGGAGGGGUGGUGGGAUGCGAGCAAUAGAAAAUAGGCGUUCUGGAGCUGGUGGAGCUGGUAGAAGGCGUAAGUGUUGGCCUCAUGGGCUGGCAUGCCGGCAACUGACACGCAAAUGAAACACACAGGUGUCUGUCUGUCCCUGUGUCAAUCGUGCUGUGCUGUGCUGUGCUGUGCUCACCUGAAGGUUUGCGAUCGUUGGCUACGGCUACAGUGGGGGGCACUGGGUGGGCCCUGCGACGAACGACCUUCUUACCCCCACCUGACACACACACACGUACGUUAACACACACGACAAUCCCACAGUCAGUCGCGUCGCCCCCAACACCUACCUCCCCCUCACCCACCCACCUCUGAGCGAUGCAGAUGAGGAGUCGCUGGCCCCCCCUCCCCUCCCUUUGUCAGCCCGCCGCUUGCCGCCCCUGUCUCUCUCCUUCUUCAAUGGCCCGGCGCCACGCGAGCCGCCCACACCACCUUUCGGCCUCCCCUUUGCCGUCUUGGUGCUGGCCUUGCUGAUCGCGUCAUGCAGUGCCUGCCGGAUGGCGGCCGUGGUGAGUGAGUCGGGCCGGAGGGAUGGCUGGUAGUCGCCAGAGCGGUAGCGGAAGAGGAGACGCUGGGAGGUCUCGACAAUGACGCCCAGCAUGGGGGAGGGGUCGCCAGUGGCCUGCUCGGCCCGCAGCUUGGCCCGCUCCAUCAGCACACGGGCAGUGGCCGCCGCCUCGCUCGCCGUCAACUCCUCGUGGUCACCUGCACCCACACACACCACACACAUAGACGGGCACUAGAGAUGAUGUCAAGAAGGACUUCUGGCGAUCCCCCCCCGGCCCCCCGCCCGCCCAUCGACCGACUCGACUGACCUUUGUUGUGUGGCAUGGGUAUGUCGUCCUCGGUCUCUUCUGCAUCCCAAUCCGGCUCACUCAGCACCCCCUGACCCCCAGCAGCAGCCGCCAUGGCGUUCCACCGCUCGAUGGCCGCAUGCAGGGCGGGAAGUACGUCAUCCUCACACGACACCGACACACCGCUCCACCUCCCGCCCUUGUCCUCGGCCUCCUCACAACCACCACCACCACCACCACCCGCUGCUGCUGCUGCUGUGGGUGUGUUGUUGGUGGUGUUGGGUGCCCCACCCGUGACGUAGAACUUGCCAGAGAGUAUCUGAGCUUUCCACUUGAUGGGGAGGGCGGGCUGUGAGGGGCGGGAGGGAUCGAGGUUGGUGCGACGGAGGCGAUUGAGCAUGAGGCGCACAAGGGUGCUGAUGAGCUUGAGGGCGUCGGACCUCCUCUGGCUGCGGGAGGGCCGCUUGCCGUUGCCAUUGGCGGGUGGUGGGGGGCCCUCCACCAGCUGGCCAUUGCUGCGAUGCCGGGGCUUGGGCCAACGAGACUGCAUCUCCUGACAGACACAGACAGACAGACAGACAGAUGAGCAACCGACCCACCACCCCCUCUCCCUUCCUCCCUCCCUCCCUGUCACCAACCUGAUAGUCCUCGCUCCCGUCAGCAUCGUCACCGCUCUCGCCGCUGUCACUGUCACUCUCCUCAUCGCUCUCACUGCCACUGCUGCCGUCGCCACCCGAGUCGGCGCCCUGGCCGUGGUGGAUCUCACGCGUGUAGUCGACGUGCCGGCGGGCCCGUUUGCCGUCGCCACCACCACCACCACCAGCGGCGGCGGCAGCGGCAGCGGCAGCGGCAGCGGCAGCGGCAGCGGCAGCAGGGGAAGCAGCCUCGCGGCAAUGGUCGCUGCAGAAAUACUGAGGGAACCGACGGACACAGAGAGAGAGAGACGGGGAAAUGGAUGCGCUUGUGUGGCGUGUGGUGUGGUUGAGUGGUGUUCUGUGGUUGGUUGGUUGUUUACUUCCUUCUCGCCCCCGUAGUUGUCAUCGAACUCGUUGAGGGACAUGCCGUUGACGAUCCUGAUCGACAUUCGACAAGGACACACAAGGGAGGAGGGAGGGAGGGAGGGAUCACCAACGAAACGAAGCCACACAGGUGCGUGCGGUGCGUGUGUGUUGACUGACUGACUGACCACUCUCGGCAAGAUGUGCAUUUGAUCUUCAAUCUCGUGCCCAGGACCUUCUUGCUGUCCUUGUGGUACUUGUCCCGCAGCGCAUACCGGCUGGCGGGGCCGGGGAUCACCUUGGACGCCAGCAACUCACUCACCAUCCCUGACAUACAUGAGUGAGACCAAUCAACCCACCAACCAUGGCAAGUUUACACACACACACAGGUGGACAGACAGGACAGGACAGAGAGGCGUUGCGUACGGUUGUACAGCUGGCGCCCCUUGCCGAUGCCGGGGAACUCCAGCCGCCAAACCACAGCACAACCGUGGAAUCUGCACACACACACACACACAUACAUAUGGAUGGAUGGAUGGACGCAUCGUUGGCUCACUUGCAGGUGCCCUGCUUGGCUGUGCACUGGCAGAAGCCCGCCGUCAGCGCGUAGCCCAGCCACAGCUUGACGGCCUCGUACUGCACACACGCACACAAGCAUCCAUCCAUUCCAUCCACCCCUGUGUGUGUGUGCUGUGUGUGGGUACGUGGUAUGGGAUGAAGUUGACGGCUUCGUUGAUGUUCUCGCCGGUGUUGAAGCCGAAAUGGUACGCCUGACACACACACACACGCAAUAUGCACACAGACACAGACACACACAGACAGACAGACAGACACAGACGGAGCAGUUGAUGUGAGUCGUGUGUCUGUCGUGUUUGUCACGCCCUUGUCACCCACCCACCGCAGGCAGGGUCACGACGAAGCUACGGGCACGUUGGAUGACGCUGGUUACAACCACCACACCACACACCCACACGUGUGCACAACACCACCGAUGCGUCCAUCCCCCGUUGCCUGACUGACCUACGUACCGGUGUACGGUGAUGCCGUUGGCCUUGAGCCACUCGGGGUGGAUGAGCAGCCGCUUGUGGCGCAUGUACUCGGGACACCUCUCGUGCAUCCUCUUCAUCUCCUCGUUGAUCAGCCGGUCCAGCCUCUUCUUGUGCUUGGCAGGCACCACGUACCACACCCUGACAGACAAACGACACACACACACACACACACACACACAUGGAUGGAUGGAUGGUGCACACACACGGCCUUCAGGGGCCAGGGUGGGGAGGGUGUGUGUGUGUGUGGUGUGGCUGCUGACUUGACGUCGCCCCCAUGGUUGUAGUUCAUCGACGCCAAAUCACGGUCCUGACCACACCACACACCACACCACACACCACACCACACCACAUAGCGCGCAGAUACGGAGGCCAUCCAUCCAUCCAUCCAUGCAUCCACUGUGUGUGUGUGUGCCAAUUGGUGUGUGUGUGUCGAGUGCCCUGGUCACCUACCUCUCUGUGGUUGCCGAAGACCGUUCCGAUGGACCCAAAGUAGCCGUACUGACACACACACACCACAGACAUACAGACACAUCAUCAAGGCAAAGUCUAUGGAUGGCAUGCGAUGCAUGUGUGUAUCGUUUUUGUCUAGGUGUGUGUGUCUAAUGCAUUUAUUGGAUACCGGUGUGUUGAUGCCUUCCAUACGCGGCAUCUCCCUCAGGGCGUCCCCUUUGAGGUGGUUGAGGUUGAAGGACUUGCACCUGUCGGGCCCGUCAAAGAAGCUCGUCACGAUGUUGGCCGCGUACAGCCGCGCCGCCCUCUCCUCGGGCCGCUUCUGCCCUUCCUCCUUCGACCACUGACAGCCAACGACACACCACACCACACCACACACAGGCGGAAUGGGUUCAUGCGUGGGGGGUGUUGGUGCGUGUGUUGGCGUACCAUAUCCCAGAUGCGCUUCUCGAACUGCAGGAUGCCCUCGUCCUUGCCCAAGUCGAUGUCAGCGGUGUCGAAGGGCAGGGCCACCUCUCUCGCCUCCAGCCGGUAGUCGUCACCAUGAUACCUACCACACACACACGCACACACACACACACACAAUAUGUACCUCUGUCCGCCGCUUCUCCCUCCCUCUCCCUCCCUCGCCCCGACAGACUCACUGGUCUUUGCUCUUGUUCAUGGUGUCGAUUUCGACUUCAAAGAUGUAGGGGUGCGGCAGUUGGCCGCUGGACACCGACUGGUGGGUGCGGGUGACCCGCUGCGAUAGGACCCCCUCCACAUCCGUCAACUUCUCGAGGUCCUCGUACCCCGCCUCACGCGGCACCCAACCGGGGGGAGGCACCAGCUGCAUGGAUCGACGGACGGGCGGAUGGAUUGCAAAUAUGCAGCCACACACACACACACACACACACACACAGAGGGGAGGGAAUGUGCGAAUGGACCGUUUCUGUGUCUGUGUGUCGUGCAUGGAUCGGUGGAUGGAUCGGUGGAUGGAUGGAUGGAUGGCUGCGUGAAGGCGUACCAGCAAGACUCCCUUGUUUCGGUGCUCCUCCUUGGCGAACAGGUCGCCGAGGAACUUGUUGGUGUCCUGCAUGUCCUCCUCCGUCAUCGCUAUCGGCUCGACGGUCGGGAUGUCCACCUGCCAUCUGAAUGAAUGAACAACAAUACACCACACCACACCACACACAGAGAUAGAGGGAGUGCGGUGGUGGGCAUUCAAUGCAUGGAAGCUAAGCUGUUCGGUGGUGUGACCGGCAUUCAAUGUGUCUGUCAGUGUCGUGUCGUGUGGACGGACCUGUCGAUGAUGUCGUGGGCAGGUGGUGCCCCCGCCGCGGCAGCGCUAGCCAUCUCGAGACGCUUCUAUGUCAGCAACUAUCGUCUGCUCUGCCACUCACACGCCUCAGAAGCUUCGUCAGCAUCAGGUCAGGCAGCGAGCAAUAUGGCAGGAAUGCCUACAGCAGCAGGAACUGGCUGCGGCAACGACCCUUGCGGCCAAGUGGCGGAAGAAGUAAGACUAAUACCACCA